AUGCGUUUCUUCACUUCCUUCGCUGUCGUCGCCCUGGCCGCCAUUGCCUCUGCUUCCAGCACUGCCAACUCCUUCAACAUUCCCACCAAUGGCUACACCUUCAAGGUCGGCGAGUCCACCACUCUGACCUGGACCCCAACCACCAGCGGCACCGUCACUCUGCGCCUGCAAUGGGGAGCCGUGACCACCGCCAACUCUGGCAGUGUCCUCGCCUCCAACAUCGCCAACGACGGCAGCUACACCUGGGAUGUUCCCUCCAGUCUGGCCGCCCAGCCCGACUACACCAUUGAGAUCAUCUCCGACGUCGACACCUCCGACUACAACUUCCUGCCUCGCUUCACCGUCGAGGGUUCGACCGUCUCUGUCUCUACCUCCACCGCCAGCAAGACCUCCAGCACCUCGUCUGAGUCCACCAGUUCCGCCACCCCUACCACCACCAUGACCACCGAGUCUUCCAGCUCCGCCUCGACCAGCUCCAGCUCCCAGACCACUAUGGCCACCUCCAGCUCGGCUGCCAGCACCUCCGCUUCCACCACCGACUCCUCCAGCUCCAGCUCCAGCACUGCCUCCACCAGCUCCGCCGCUAGCUCCUCGGCCUCCGAGUCCGCUGUGCCUACCACCAACGCCGGUGUCGCCAACCGCGUCUCUGGUGGCCUCCUGGCCGUCGUCGCCGGUGCCAUCGCCAUGCUGUAA